AUGUCUGGUCGGAGGCUCGGCGGCGGUCGCAUCCUGGGCAGCGGCAAGGGCCUUGCGCCGCCACCCGCUGCCCCUCGCGCCCCCAGCCCGUUGGCACCGUCCGACAGCACCGUGUCGAUUGGCUCGUCAUCGCUGUCGCCGCCCAUCAGCGGCAGCCUGCCGGAUAUCGGGCAGGAUAUCGUAUCUAGCAUCAGCGUCGGCGCACAGCCCAAGGCCGGCCUAUCCAGCGAUGGAGGGCUUCUCUGCCCAAUAUGUAACGAGGAGAUGGUGACCCUGUUACAAUUAAAUCGACACAUCGACGACAAUCACCAAGAACUCCCCGCCGAGGAGCAAGACGAAGUAAAGACAUGGUUCGACAAGCAGGUUCUAAAGGCAAAGCGCUUCCAACCGCUGUCCCUGAUCAAUCAAAAGCUUCGCGGCUUGGAUGUUUUCGAAUCAAACGAGUCGGUUCAACCCCAGCAACAGAUCGUGUCACAUGCUCCCGGCAAAGCGCAAGAAGUCCAUGUUGAUCCCGAGGAGCUCAUCACCAAAAUUCAUUGGCAGCGUCCAACAGGCCACGAUCGGUGCACCGACCCCGCGUGCGGAAAGAAUCUGGGUCCUAUGAAUGGCAGUAUAAACUGCCGAAAGUGCGGCCGAUUAUUCUGUGAGGAACAUACCAUGUACCAAAUGAAACUCAGCCGGAGCGCGAACCACGAACCUAUUCGCGGCGUCUGGGCUCGAGUCUGCGAAACCUGCUACAAGUCCAGAGACGGGUACAACGACCAUGCGGGCGUCUCAAGUGACCACACAAACACCUUUGUAGAGAUUCGAAGGAACCGCGUCGAGCGACAGAAACUCGAAGUUUCGCGGCUGGAGAAACGGCUAACGAAGCUUACGAAAUUAUUGGUCGAUCCGCCCGAGAAACCAAACGGCUCUCUGUUAUCACCAGUCAGCCAAUUGACGGGCCAAAAUAACCAGCGGAAAGCAAUCGAGCAGUCUGUCGUACCGUGGGAGGAUGACGAAUCCGUAGCAAAGUGCCCAUUCUGCCAACAGGAAUUCGGCACUUGGACAUUUAGGAGACACCAUUGUCGCAUUUGCGGCCGAGUAGUAUGUGCAGACUUACAAACAGGCUGCUCAUCCGAAGUCAGUCUCGAUGUUGCACCACCCUCACAUCAAUCUACAGAGAAACCGCCUCCCGCGACUGGCCUUGUCAAGAUCGGCAUUCGCAUGUGCCAGGACUGUAACCACACGAUAUUUUCUGGUAGAGACUUCAACGCUUCUCUUGAAAUGAAGCCCGCAGACCAGCGCUCAUACGAGACACUACGGCAAUUCGAGCGCGGCAUUCGCCAGCUGCUUCCCUCUUUCCAUCGCGUUCUAUUAGCACUGCAGCCGGACAAGCUGGAAAAUGGCGAAGUCGACUUGAACAAACCCCCGCCGACACGAGCACAGAUUCAAGAGGCAGGCAAAAUCCGAAAACGUCUGAUUGAUAGUUUUGGCAAAUACGGUAUUGCCGCCAAACGCAUACGCGACCUGCCCACACAGAGUCCGACGCAGCAACGAUUACAAACGGCCAUCUACAGUUACGCAAGCACCUUUUUGCACACCAACAUGGUGCCACUGAAAAGCCUUCCGCAGCUGCUGCGCAAUCAGUCGCCCCGGUCUGCGCGGUCUACGCCGCACCUGUCCGUCCACUCGGGCUCCUCGGGCCUGCGCCACACAGAGCUUGCCGAGUCGGACACUGCUUCACAAGCUGCCAGCGAAGCAAGCACAGUCGUAAGCCAGCUGGAGACGGAAGAAAAGGGUCUGCGCGAGGGCCUGGCGGUCCUGGAGGAGCAGCGCUUCAUGGUGGAGGAGAUGCUGCGGGCGGCCACGCGCGCGCGGCGCUUUGAAGAGAUUUCGGCCUUGAACCGCAACAUGGACGAGCUGGAGGCGGAGAUUCAGGCGCUCAAGGGCAAGAUCUCGGGGGUGGAAGCCAAGUGGGAGGGCGUGUACCGAGACGGCAUUGCGUCGUGA